AUGAACGGAACCUUCGAAAGUUUUGAUCUCCUGAGCGCAACAUACAAGACGGUGGACAACGUCCUCAUCAAUGUCGACGUUUUGGCCCCGAAGAAUCUUACUGCUGGCCUUCACCCAUGCAUUUUCCGCUUCCAUGGAGGUGGCUUUGUGAGCGGCUCCACUCUGCACCCCAGAUUCUUUCCUCAGUGGGUACUAGAGCUUUCUCUUAUUGUGGGAGCCAUCAUUGUUCUUCCAAACUAUCGGCUGCUACCUGAGUCCAACGUGCCAGACAUGCUGGCUGACCUGGAUGACUUCUGGAUUUGGACUCGCAAUGAUCUGGACAGCCUCCUUGCUACCGCUUCCACUACAGGACUGCGUGCAGAUCUUUCGAGGAUCCUUACUGUCGGAGAAAGCGCAGGUGGCUACCUCAGCGUCCAAUUCGCCAUGAACCACGUGCAUGAGGGCGUUCGCGCCUGCAUCGCGGAAUGCGCCUUUCUCGAUGCUACCCCGGUGAACACCACUGCUUUUCAGCCGCACAUAGGCCCUCCCGUCAUCGCCGACCCUACGCUCUCUCGCUUCAACAUCAUCGAUACGUUGAUUGCGAACGGAACUUUUACCGAUUACUUCGGCAACGACCCCGAUGUUUACCCCAUCAAGAGGCUGAAGGCUGGGGCCAAAAUGCCACCUACCUUUCUCAUCCAUGGGUUGGACGACACUGUCGUUCCGGAUUCCCACAGUAUUCGCUUUGCAGAAACGGUUCGAAAGGUCGAUCCGAGCGCAAAGGUUCAUCUUGAGCUUCAGCCCGGAGAGCAUCUAAUGGAUAUCCCUCUGCGUCUCGGACAUGCGUGGCUUAUUAGAGGUGCCCUGCGGGCCUUCACCGAAGCCUUACACGACGUUGAUACAGUCGACAUGGUUGCUGGCACACUUUCGCUCAUCUGGCCAAUUCUCACAAAGACGGACCGUCUAUUCGGCCUGAAGAUCGGAGCGGGGGGGGGGGGCUGA